AUGAAGGGAACACUUCUUCUGCUGGCCUUGUUGGUGACUGGAGAGCUGGGCUUCCAGACAACAGAAGCAUGUAUUCCUUUCUUCGGUGUCUAUUUGAGUGUUGUCUCUGGAAGCAGGGAAUGGUUGCACCAUGAACUUAAGGAAUUGGAUUCUACUGUUGAGGAAAAAGUGGCCUUUGAAAAAAUCCAGGACUGCUACGAAGAGGCAGGAACAAAAGCUAAAAGUCAGGAUGUCCAAUUUAUGGCAAGCAUGCUCUUCAGCUCAGAAUGCAAGACAUACUAUACCAAAGAAGUCAUAUCAGAAAUUACGACUAUAUUUACUGAGUCACAGUUGCUUUAUUAG